GUCUCUCUCCAAAUGCUUACCUCUAGAAUCACAGGCAUGCCUCAAAAACAUGUGGUCACAGCCCCUUCCUCUCCCUCUUUUCACCCAUCUCUAGAUUCUCUCCCUCUCUCUCUCUCUCUCUCUGUCCAGCUUCUUGAAAUGCCUAUUGGCUCCUCCACAUCAUGAGUGUUGUCACCAUAUUUGAAUCAGUGGCAUUUUCCCACUCUCAUAAGAGGCAUGAGAUUAUUAGUCAGACAAGCUUGAUACGAGCCUACACCCAUGAUUCUUCACGUCUUUCUCGACAUUUUUUUUGUGGGCCACUUUCCCAUAAUCAGAGAGUACAUUCAUCAUCAUGUGCCAUAAAUUGCAGGAUAAGUCAUUUCUCUUUGACUUCAGGGAAUAUCUCCAAGGGCACACCUUUGUUAACUUCUUCUGUUUCUGGUUGGAGAGGAUUCUAUUUCUCCUACCACAGAAAGGCCCAUUGGGAAAGAUCCCGGAUAUAUUCAUCACUUGAUGUUGCCAAUGCUGUUGAAGUCAUUAAUGAUUUAGGAUUGGAUACCCUGACAUUCUUAGCUGUGACUGUUAUGGUUAUUCCUGCAUUCAAGAUCAUCAGAGCUAGCCCUAUACUUGGUUUCUUCUUUGCGGGGGUUGUGCUCAAUCAGCUUGGACUGAUUAGGAAUCUUACAGAUGUUAAAGUUCUAUCUGAGUGGGGGAUUCUUUUCUUGCUGUUCGAGAUGGGUUUAGAGCUUUCACUUGCACGUCUACAGGCUCUUGCAAAAUUUGCUUUUGGCAUGGGAUUGACUCAGGUUGUGUUAUCUACACUUGCUUUCACAGCAUUUGAACUUCCACCUAAUGGGGCUGUUGGAACUAGGAUUUUGGAGUUCCUUUUCCACUCAAGACCUGAUUUGGUCAACAUCAGAAGCGUCGAUGAGGCUGUGGUGAUUGGUGCUGCUCUUUCAUUGUCUUCUUCAGCUUUUGUGUUGCAGCUUCUUGCAGAGAAAGGUGAGCUCCCAACACGAUUUGGUUCAGCAACUUUGGGAAUACUUCUACUACAGGACAUAGCAGUUGUCCCUCUCUUAGUCGUACUUCCAGUGCUAGAAAGUCAGAAUCUGGUAGAGGAAAGUAUUUGGCCGAUGCUCGCUAAAGAAAGUUUGAAGGCUUUAGGUGGAUUGGGUCUGCUUUCUCUUGGAGGAAAAUUCUUUCUUAGAAGAUUUUUUGAGGUUGUUGCAGAAGCAAGGAGUUCUGAAGCUUUUGUUGCUCUUUGCUUACUGACGGUUGCUGGGACUUCACUUGUUACCCAGAAGUUGGGCUUCAGUGACACGCUUGGAGCAUUUUUGGCUGGGGCAAUAUUAGCAGAAACAAAUUUCCGAACACAGAUUGAAGCAGAUAUAAGGCCAUUUAGAGGCUUACUUCUUGGGUUAUUUUUUGUAACUACAGGGACUUCAAUUGACACGCAGCUUCUUGUCCGAGAGUGGCCAAAUGUGCUUUCGCUUUUGGCAGGUUUAAUUGUUAUCAAGACACUUAUUAUAUCAGCCAUAGGUCCUCGUGUUGGACUAACUAUUCAAGAAAGUGUAAGAAUAGGAUUUCUUCUAUCCCAAGGAGGCGAGUUUGCAUUUGUAGUUUUUUCUCUAGCAAAUAGGCUAGGAGUGCUACCACUUGAGCUGAACAAACUUCUGAUAAUUGUUGUUGUGUUGUCAAUGGCACUAACCCCCUUGCUCAAUGAAGUUGGAAGAAGAGCUGCUGAUUUUAUUGAUGAGAAGUUUGUUGCAGAGGAUAAACCUGAUGACACGAUCAAUUUUGAUGUUAGUGAACCAGUUGUCAUUCUUGGAUUUGGACAAAUGGGUCAGGUCCUUGCCAAUUUCUUGUCAGCCCCAUUGACAUCUGGAGUGGAUGGUGACAUUCUGGGAUGGCCUUAUGUAGCUUUUGAUCUUGAUCCAUCAGUGGUGAAGGCAUCUAGGAAACUUGGUUUUCCUGUUCUAUAUGGUGAUGGAUCACGUCCAGCAGUUCUGCAAUCUGCUGGUAUCUCUUCCCCGAAAGCUGUCAUGGUCAUGUACACUGGACGGAAAAGGACAAUGGAGGCUGUUCAAAGAAUUCGGAACGCCUUCCCUGCGGUCCCAAUAUAUGUCAGAGCUCAAGACCUCACACAUCUGUUAGAUCUCAAGAAAGCGGGUGCAACAGAAGUUAUUCUUGAAAAUGCAGAGACAAGUUUACAGCUUGGCUCUAAGCUUUUGAAAGGGUUUGGCGUCAUGUCUGAUGAUGUGACCUUUCUCAGUCAGAUUGUUCGUGAUUCCAUGGAGAUACAAGCUCAAGAAACACUUGACAAAACAGAUGAUCCGGAACUUGAUGUUUUGAAGCCAUUGCAGGCAACCGUUGCAGACAUAAUUCAGGCCCGACCACCUGAAGAAACGCUGUCAAUAGCUAACCAAACAGAUACUACACACAACAUGCAAUAUCAGGGCUCUGUAGAUCGAUCAGAGCAUGAUGGUGAGCUCCAACAAUCCAAGGAUUUAGAUGGCAAUGGCGUUUUAUAUUGUGACUUGAAUACAGAGAACAGCUAUGUUAGAACAGAAGAUGCUGAGGGUGAGACGAAAAGCAUAGUAGACCCAUCAAUACCUUGCAUUACUUCUACUGAAUUUCCUUAGAUAUGUGGACUGAUGACAUAUUCUUGUAAAAUUAUCAAUUUGUUGCUAGCACAAACAAUAUGCAGAUAAGCUAGCUAAGUUUUGUGAAAAGGCUACUGAGACGGGUUCUUUUGACAACAAAGGAGCUCUGUGGCCUCAUACCCAGUUCAUUUUUUUUUUUUUCCUUUUUUCCAGAACCACAGAGACAUGCAUGUAUAUUGAAUUUGAUUAAAAUGAUUGAACAAUGAAAUCUGUUACUUCAACUUGCCUCUA